AUGCAUCCGUCUGUUAAAGUGCUCGCACAUAAACCUCUCAUCAGCUUUAUCGGAAAGCGUGUAUGGCCAGCUACUGCAGGUCCCUCUCACCCUCAUCCAGCUGCUCCUCCAGAAUGGCAAAAGUCCUUUUCUGAAAAGGCUGUUCCUCACAGCUCACACCGAGCACCGCAGGAACAUCCCGUCUUCCUAGAAUUCUGGGACGCUCCAGCACGCUUCUCGAAGCCAUCCUCCAGAUAUCUGGAGCAAGUAGAGAUCGAUGCCAUACUGGUCAGUAUUUCUGUGUAA